AAGUGUAGUUCAAUCCCACAGAGAAAGAGCUGUAGUCUGAGCGCACUUCCUAGAUGCUGAGCAGCCGCUUGGUCGUCGGAAUCUUCUAUAUUACAUGCUCCAAAUAACACUGGACUUUGCUUCUCAUUGGCUGGUCGUGCGAGUCAACAAUCAACAAAGAAAAUCCAUCCGGCUUGAGAGUGCAGUGAUCAUUCUACCGAAGGCCGUGAUCUUUAAACGUUUGGAGAUGAACGGAGACUGCGUGGACGCGCGGCGCGAGGAUACUCAAGAUGCUGCUGAGGUCGGGGCAUCCGGACUGCAGAACAUGGAGGUUGAUGCUAAAGCUCAGUCACAUGCCUUCAGAUACAGCCUGAACUACCCCAGCAUUGGCCACUGCAUCAUCAUCAACAACAAGAACUUUGAUCGCAGCACAGGCAUGAACCAACGCAAUGGCACUGACGUAGAUGCAGGAAAUGUAAUGAAUGUGUUUGGAAAGCUCGGAUACACUGUGAAAGUCUACAAUGACCAGACAGUCGCGCAGAUUAAACAGGUUUUAACAGCAGUUGCCCGUGGUGACCACAGCCAGUGUGCUUCAUUAGUGUGUGUGAUGCUCAGUCAUGGAGAUGAGGGGGUGUUUUUCGGCACUGAUACGUCUGUGGAGCUCAAACAGUUAACUAGCCUGUUCAGAGGAGACCGCUGCCCAUCACUAGUGGGAAAGCCUAAACUUUUCUUCAUACAGGCUUGUAGAGGUACAGAACUGGAUCCUGGUGUGGAGACUGACAGCGGGGAUAAAUCUAUAAGGAUCCCUGUGGAGGCGGACUUCCUCUAUGCGUACUCUACUGUAUCAGGUUACUACUCCUGGAGAAACACCAUGACUGGAUCUUGGUUCAUUCAGUCUCUUUGUGAAAUGAUAGCAAAGUAUGGCAAAGAACUCGAGCUCAUGCAGAUCAUGACCAGGGUCAAUCAUAAAGUGGCACUCGACUUUGAGUCGACCUCCAACCUGCCUGGCUUUGAUGCCAAGAAACAAAUCCCCUGCAUUGUCUCAAUGCUCACCAAAGAGAUGUACUUCACUGCUUGAAGGGACAAGGGACCCGUUAGAGCUUUUCCAGCUUUUUAUGGCAGUAUCACAGCUAUAAUGUACGGAUCUAGGUUUGAGUUUUUUUCACAGGAGCAUUAGCUGGACAUGCUCAGUCUCAGGACUGUUAUUGCAGUUCUCAUUGGCAUUUUAAACAUUAUAUGUGAAUAUAGGUACUCAGGUUUUUGUUAUUGUGACUAUAUACUGUUUUUCUUGCCUUUUUCUCUGGGUUUCUAAUCAAAAUCUAAUUAAGAACAAUCACCAGUGGCAGUCCAUUUGGGAUUUUUUGAAUUACAGUAAUCAGGGACUUUUAUAGGCUAUUGCACUAGUCUGACUGUUGAAAGGGAAUCAGAGUUGGGCAUUAAAUCGGUAAGAUCUGAGAUUCAUCUAACUGAGGAAGAGCCAGUGUGCCUAUUUAAAUAUGAAAAGCAAAAAACAACAAUCAGAACUAUGUUAACAGAUUUUGAUAUCAAUUCUGAAAUGUCAUGUGUUGGUUUUCAUUAAGACAAAAAAAAUGCAUUUUUACAGACAUACUUGGGGUUAAAUCAAGUUAAACUGUGGAUGGUAUCAGUUACAUCUGGUGCAUUCCCACCGAAAUAAAACCUUGUAUAUGCAUUGAC